AGCAUAAAAAAUCAACAAUCUUUUCAUUCAUUCGCGUUCGUUCGGUCGUCGGUUCCACGUAAAAAAAGUUUUUCUGUUUGGUUUUGCCGAUGUUUUUCGGAUUUUAUUCCUCGUUGAAACGCCUCAAAUCGAACUGAAUUACCGGUAUCCAACGACAGCUGUGCGACGGUGCAAACGGUUCCCGGGGACCACCAUGAAGAUCCACUUCCGUGAGCAGUACGGAUCCACGGGGGAGGAAGUGCUUUACGUGACUCCCGAUAACCAAGAUGCAGUCGUACGGGUGAAUGUUAAAGGUGAGAAACCAAAACUGCGGAGGCGAUUGAGCUUGCGUCGGUUUUUUCAAAAUCUGUUCCUGCCGGCUGGCUAUCCGGACAGUGUGAGUGGCGAUUAUCUGGCGUACCAAAAGUGGGACACGGUGCAGGCAUUCUGUAGCACGAUUAGCGGUACGCUGACCACACAUGCGAUAUUGAAGGGAGUCGGAGUGGGAAGUGACGUGGCCAAUCCACUCUCCGCCACCAUUACUUGGGUGCUCAAGGAUGGAAUGGGGCACUUUGGGCGCAUUAUCUUCGCCUGGUGGAAAGGGACGGAGCUGGAUAUCGAUUCCAAAAAGUGGCGUAUUCGAGCGGAUGUUUUGAACGACUUGGCAAUGAGUAUCGACCUGUUCGUGUUACCGUACUACCCGAAGGCGUCGACGUUCAUUUUGUGUGCUACGACCACGAUGAAGGCCAUCGUCGGAGUGGCGGGAGGGGCCACGAGGUCCGCUUUGACGCAGCAUCAUGCCAUCAGAGGCAACCUGGCCGAUGUGGCCUCGAAGGAUAGUGCACAGGAAACGUGUGUCAAUUUAAUAGCUUCGUUCGUUGGUCUCUUUCUGCUGACGCAUGUUCAGGAUCAAAGGGUUUUAUAUGGCUUAUUUCUAUUUGUUACUCUGAUGCACAUCUACGCCAAUAUUAAAGCAGUCAAAGCCGUUUGUUUGCGCACAUUUAACGAAGCUCGUUAUCUGAUUGCCCUGGAGGAAUACUUCAAAACUGGAACGAUGCUCUCACCAGAGCAGGUCAAUAAGCUGGAACGGGUUACGAUAGGUCAAACGGUAACAUUGACUGCCCGCGUCAAGAUAGGCUGUUCUGCUCGAGAGCUUGCCCAAUACUACCGGGUUUGUUACGAUCUGGAAAAUCUGAUGGCAUGCUUCGACUCCCGCGACAAGUUUCUGAUCGCAGAAACUCGGAACUACGUUGGAGUGUAUCUGCACUUCACCGCGAAGCCAUUGGAUAUCAUCAAGUCGUACUUCUACGUGGCGUCUUACUUGCAGGACAAGAAUCAGCUGCGCGAUCGCUACUGGGAAAUCCAGAACAAGUGGAACGAGUUCCUCAAUCUGGCCCAGUGCGAAGGAUGGAACAUCCAGGCCCAUCUACUCAAAACCGAUGAGUACCGACUGGACUGGAGGAUAUAAAAGGUAAUGAUAGAACCCGAACGACUUUUGCGGCACCUCGACGGAUGAACUUUUAAUCUAGCACCCUUAAGGACAACAUAAAGCGAAAGAUUUUAACGUUAAAAUUGCGCAAUUACGAAAAAACACAACACUUUAAUACCUUCCAUUUUCUGAAACGAUCGACAAAAUGUGUGACUGUUAGGGUGCCAAAGAAGCAAUCUAGUCUCAAUUAAUAUUUCUUACCGAGAGCAUUUUGGACCAAACCGGAGGCAGUUCAAAUCCAAAUUUAUCUUUAACCGAACGCAAAGGGACGCUAAUAAUUGAAACAUCGAAACGUGGUUUUAUAGAUGUUAAGAAAUUUCGAUUCUACAACCAAACAGUUUUAACGAAUGGUCGUUUGAAUUAAACCGUUCAAAACAGCAGUUACAGAAAUAUCUAUAUUUAGAGUUAAAGUAGAAUCGACACUUUACUAGAAUAACUAUUUUUCUACACAUUCCAACAUCCGACAUGUAGUGAGAACGGAUUGGCUUUCCCCCGUGGAAGCCUUCUGGUAGUCUCUGAUAGUACGUAGAUUGAUCCUCUAACAUCCGAUAGAUCUAGUCAAAUGGUUUUAACUACCUACAAUACCAACGAGAUAAAGAAAGGGUCCGUCUGUCCGUGUGAAAUUUUAGUCAUAUCACAAAAUACAGUACAGUGUAGUAGAGAACAGCAAAACGUUUUUAAACACGCCGCACUUUCGAAACGUCCUAUUUUUACAUCGCAGAUUUUAGGCUUUUGCUUUGGGAAACCGCUUGAGAGCAAACGUUACUUUUCCAUUUGAGAAGGCACGUUUUAUUAUGUCCUUAAAGAUAUGAAGUUGCGGGAAGGAAAAGAUGCAACUUUUCGUCUGGUUUAAAGAUCUCACAUUCGUUUUAGAAUUGUUCCACUCUGAGUCGCUUAUAAAUUUGCAAUGCAUUGCUAAGUAA